CUAGAGAAUAAAGGCUUCUUCUUCUUCUUCAUCUCCUCUCCUCCACAGUUGCAGAACGGCCAAAACCAUCUCCGGCGGAAACGAGUAAUAAAGAGGUGACAAAAACAUGGCGUAUCAAGCGAUGAAGCCCACAAAAGCUGGUUUGGAGGAACACCUUGAGCAGAUUCAUAAGAUCAGGAUCACUCUCUCUUCCAAGAAUGUGAAGAACUUGGAGAAAGUGUGCACUGACUUGGUCCGUGGAGCUAAGGACAAGAGACUUAGAGUUAAGGGACCAGUGAGAAUGCCCACUAAGGUCCUUAAGAUCACCACCCGAAAGGCACCUUGUGGUGAAGGUACCAAUACAUGGGACAGAUUUGAACUAAGGGUUCACAAGAGGGUGAUCGACCUCUUCAGCUCCCCAGACGUGGUUAAGCAAAUCACUUCUAUCACCAUUGAACCUGGUGUUGAGGUCGAGGUCACUAUUGCCGACUCUUAGACAAACAGUUGUUCCAAAACCGCUUCGAGAAAGAAUGUAUUUUAUCGUUUCUGGUCCUACAUUUUUGUUUCUGGUUAGUGCAACCUUAUUUCUUGGGUUUUAAUAGUUCUGAGGUGGUUUUGUCGAUCAUAUGUUUUUCAUCUAUUAAGAGACCUUAAUGAACCAUUUCCAGAUUUUGAUUUCAUACAUAAUAUCAUUUUGCUACACUAAA